AGUAUUAUCAUAGCGUUUCCGUAUCUACUACACUUUGAUCAAACUGGAUUAUUUUUAUGACUCACGGUCGGACCGGCCGGUCAAAAUCGGUUUUUGUAAGCUAUUAUGCUUUCCCCUCAUGGUUUGACGAAAUCGGUACCUUUAGGCUUUAGUUCGUCUUCGAUCAGAGCCGCUCUCUGUAAAAAUCCUUGGAAGCAAAAGCUUAAUCGAUUUCGCAUCUCUCAGGUUGGAGCUAGAGUGCAAAGAAAAAAAAACACUACUUUCUUACUGUUUAGAGCAGUUACUCCAUGUCGGCCCUUGUAGCGCUAUGUAGAGCUCGAGCUGCUUCUUCUUCUUUAUUCAGCCGCGUUAUUCCUCCAGCAUUUCGCAAUUUCUCCACAGGUUUUGCUGAUGCGCAGAACAAAACAUUGGUGGCACGAGCAGAAGAAGAGAUGCUCCACAUGGACAUCAACUCAAUGAUAGGAAGUUCAAUGCCACUAGGUAUGAUGCGCAUAGGAACAAUCAUCCACAACAUCGAGAUGAACCCGGGGCAAGGCGCGAAACUGGUCCGAGCCGCAGGAACAAACGCCAAGAUCCUAAAGGAGCCGGCUUCAGGGAAGUGCUUGAUAAAGCUUCCAUCAGGGGACACGAGGUGGAUCAAUGCCAGAUGCCGUGCUACGAUUGGUACUGUGUCGAACCCGUCGCAUGGAAUGAAGAAGCUGAGGAAAGCAGGACAGAGUAGGUGGUUGGGGAUAAGACCAAAAGUCAGAGGAGUGGCGAUGAAUCCGUGUGAUCAUCCACACGGUGGUGGUGAAGGGAAAAGCAAAAGUAGUGGAAGCCGAGGAAGGACUUCGGUUAGCCCGUGGGGGAAACCUUGCAAAGGCGGUUACAAAUCAGCGAGUGUCAAGAAGAAGAAGAAGCGAUUGGCGGCUAAAGAAGCCAAGAUGUGAUGUGAUGCGAUGAAGAUGUUAUGUCAUUUCUUCAAAUCCUUCUUUCUUUUAAAAAACCUCUCAGGGUUGUUUUGUGACGUUGUUGAAUCUUUUUAGAGUUUUAAGGUUAAUAAUAUUGAAGGAUCUUUUGAUCAAUUAUUAUGGAUAAA